AUGGGCGCGGCGACAGCUAACAGCACGCUCAGGUAUGGAUUAACCGUAGAGACACCGAGGUCACCGUCCUACGACACGACAUUGCUAUGGCGAAGGGAUUUAGCCAAGCGGUUACGGCGUCGUUCCAGACCCACGCCGAUCCCAGCUAGACAUCCCAAGGCUGCCGUCAUAGACAGAACUACCGAGAAACGAAAGUCGCUGCAGGAAACUACCAAGGAGGUAAAUAAACCAAUUAUUAAAGCUCAGUCCGUCAGAUCACAUGCGAGCAGUCGCACUGUGAUAGAAGCGCAGCUGUCUCAGGCGGAGCUCGAGGCCAGCGAACGGUUAGCGGAGAUAUCCCGGAGGGAGUUGCAGCUAGAAGCGGACAUGGUACGUAAACGGCUAGACGCCAGAAAACUGCAGAUCCGCGCUAAUGCGGAUAGCGCAGACGAGCACGAAUCUGCUGGUAGCGUGCGGAAUUCGAAUCAAGAUCGAUUAGACGAAUGGCUAGAGAACUCGCGAGACGCGACGUCAAAACCCAUUUGUAAGAGGUUAACCGACGAACCUCUACCCAAGUACGAGACUCCGAGACGACCUGCGCAGGCGGAGCGGCAUAUUCGAGGCCUCUCACCGGACCGCCAGUUAUGGAUAUCGAUCGAAGGCAUUAUGCCGAUAACCCCAUGCUCAUCAGAGAGGUUACGGACAGGUUGUCGCCGCAUCUUCGAAGCAGAUGGUGCGACUACGCGAAGAAACAUCGAGACAGCAAGGACCCGGAGAUUCUGCAGUUGGCGGAUUUCCUCAUGGAGGAGAGCGAACAGGAGAUGUCCUUCUGUCACGCCCGCGCCGCCCCGAGGACGUCAACACGAGGUGCAGAAAGUGACGUACGCGACACGUCAAGCCACAACAUCCCGUUCGACGACGUGCCUGUUCUGCGGUGGCGGUCACCUGACGCCGGACUGCCGCAAGUUAGCCGCCCAAUCCGUGGGCGCUAGAUGGGAGUGGGCGAAAUUAAAUCGUAUAUGCUAUCGCUGUAUCGACGCGAAGCAUAUGAAAACACAAUGCAAGGCCAAAGCGUGCGGCGUUGCAGGCUGUCCUCACGUACACCAUCGACUGCUUCAUGCGGACUCGCCGCAGGAAGUGCGUGAGGAUACGGCUAUGGUGCUAACACAAGAAAUCAGGUCAGCACCUACAUCGUCAGCAGUGACGUCAUCGGCCGAGCCAGCGGACACGACGGAGCCGCGAGCUGCGGACGACGAGAACGACGCCCGCGUGUACGUGUCGUCAACACCGGACUACAGCGUGCUGCUAAAGGUACUACCCGUAACCGUAUCAGGUCCAAAGGGAACGGCGCAUAUCUUCGCUUUCCUUGACGAUGGAUCCACCUUGUCAAUGAUCGACCAGGACGUCGCGGACGAGAUCGGCGCGGUCGGUCAAGACGAGCCGCUAUGCAUAAGAGGUAUUCAGCGGUUGAAACUUAGCUCAGUGACACAGACGGUCAAGGCUAAAGUAAGCCCGGCUCGUGGCGGCUUGACAUACGAUAUAUCCCUAAAAACGGUAGACGGACUAGGGAUACGCUCGCAGUCAUUAAAUAAGAAGCGUCUAUUGGAAUACGAACAUCUGGCGGACUUGGGCGACGAGUGCUACACGGGCAUGGGCGUGCCGCAGAUGUUAAUAGGCGGAGACUUCAGUCAUCUUAUAAACCCGACGGAGGUGAGGCAGGGCGGCGAGGACGAGCCGUGCGCAGUUAAAACCUCGUUAGGAUGGGUUUUCUUCGGGCGAAUGCCGAGGUAUGUACCAAAUAACGAGCAGGUCGUGAUGCACUGCCACAGUGACGACAGUGAUCUCGUGGAGCAGGUCAAGAAACACUGGGCAGUCGAGGCGCUUGGCAUAACGGCAAAGGACAACAUUCGACCCGACGACCAGCGAGCGAUCGAUACAUUCGAACGAACAGUAAAAAAGGUAGGACAGAGAUACGAAGUCGGCCAACUAUGGGCUGCCGACGACAUAAAGCUGCCACCGAGUUUCAACAUGGCGAAGGCGAGAUUACGCAAUCUAGAAGCCCGCAUGUCGAGAGAUCCUGACUUCGCCAACGAGUAUCAAGCACAGAUACACAAGCUUCUGGAAAAGGGGUACGCAGAGCGCAUCAUGGAACCACCGCAGUCAGAUCGGAUGUGGUUUCUGCCCCAUUUCAGCAACCCCGCAGAUCGAGCGACGAGAUGUCAACCAGCGCAGAGCGUGCGCAUCGAGGACGAGUGGUACGAAGGACCGCGCUUUCUCUAUGGACCCGAGACAUCAUGGCCUAGUCACACAUCGAAUCGAACAGACGACCUGCCUGAGAGGAAGGCGAGACCGUCAACCGAGACAUCACUGGCGAUCAUCUCAGCGAAGCCAGACCCUUCGAGCGUACUGCCAGACGUGAGACGGUUUAGCAGUUACGACAGACUGUUGAACGCGACAGCGAACGUCUUGCUAUUCAUCGAGAAAAUGAGAACGAAGAAUAAAGCCUUGCAGCUACAAGUCAGACAUUUGAGAAAGGCAGAACACAUGUGGUUGCAAUACAGUCAACGACGAAGCUUUCCCGAAGAGCUUCGAGCCUUAAGCCAGAAUAGGCUCAUCGAUCGCAAAUCGCGAUUAUACGACCUGGCACCCGAGCUAGGCGAUGACGGCGUGUUACGCAUGAAGACGAGGCUGGGCAGCGCUCCAGUAUUGUACACCGCGCUACAACCGAUAAUACUGGAUGGCCGCGAGCCGUUCACCCGUCUACUCAUCCUGCGAGCUCACCGACGAUCAGCGCACAUUCACAACGAAGCAGUAAUCAACGAACUGCGACAAGAAUAUUGGAUACUACAUCUGCGGCCGACCGUGAAGUCUGUAGCUCGAAACUGCGCGCUAUGCACACUACGACGAGCAACACCGAGAGCGCAGCCCUUAGGCGAUCUCCCGCCCGAGCGACUACAGGCGUAUCAACGUCCCUUCACUCACACCGCACAAGACUACAUGGGACCGAUGUUCGUCACGAUCGGACGGCGCAGAGAAAAACGCUGGGUGUGUCUAUACACGUGCCUAGUGACGCGCGCUAUUCACCUUGAAAGCGUGCACAGUCUUUCAACCGACAGCGCGCUACUAUCACUACGAAGAUUCGCCGCGAGAAGAGGAUGGCCCAGGACGAUGUACAGCGAUAACGCGACGUGCUUCAGGGCGGCGGCGACGGAACUACGUGAGGCGUACCGGCAAUGGCUGCCUGUACUGCAAACUUACGCCACUCAGAACCGAAUGGAGUGGAAAUUCAUCCCACCUGGCAAUCCUUCGGCCGGGGGCGCGUGGGAGCGAAUGAUAAGGACAGUUAAGAUAGCGAUGUCCUACACUUUCAACGAACGAGCACCGAAAUCCGAAGUUUUCGAAACUCUACUCGCCGAGAUAGAGAAUAUCGUCAACCGACGACCACUUACGCAUGUCAACGUCGAUCCAGACUCCGAAGAAAGUUUGACUCCAGCACACUUUCUACUUCUUCAUAACGCUAACCUACCGAUGAUUGGCGUUUACGACGAGAACGAAAAGAAGCAAUGGAAGAUGGCCCAAGCGCUUGCCGACCACUUUUGGCGGCGCUGGACCAAAGAGUACUUUCCUCUACUGGCACCGAGGAAGUCGUCCCACGACGGAGGGCGGCAACUUCAACCAGGCGAUGUGGUCAUCGUCGCUGAACCCAAUGGUCCACGCAGCGUGUGGCCCCGAGGCGUCGUCGAGACUACCUACCCGGGACCCGAUGGACGGGUCCGCUCCGCUGACAUCAGAACGAGACACGGGACGCUACGCAGGCCCAGCUGCAGGCUGGCGGUCAUCGCGUCGCAACCCAUGCACCAGGAGUCUUCGACUGCGGGGACAAAAUGUUAG